GAUCGCCUUUGCAUCAUCCACCUACGCUAAUUUCUUCUUCCUCCCGUUCGAUUAGACUAGACUAGUCGAAGCUCGCUCAAGGGUCGUGGGCGUUUCCCAUCGUUAGCUACCCCACAUCCGUCAUAAUUCCCCGUCUUUAGGUCGGCGAACUUGCGUCUUGGCUUGGGCUGGUUAGUCACCAGGCAUGCCGCAGCAUCCGAAAGCCACGGCCGAUGAGCCGGCAGCGGAGAAGAACCCUACAGCCGAGCCCGCGAGGCCAACUGUCGGCCCGGUCUUGUCAAGCCCCACGGAUAGUGCCGCUGUUACACGAUGGCUGGAGUCGCAGCCAGAUAUUGAUGCUGAAUUCUACGAGUUAGAUUCGGCUUUGGGCGAUGAUGCUAUGAGUUCGACGGCCUCGUUGUCGGCCAGCAUCCUCGAGUAUCGCACGAUUCAUGGACGGAGAUUCCAUAGCCAAAGGGGCAACACAGACUACUGGGGACCCAACGAUGAGAUACAAGGGAAUUCCAUGGACCUCUCCCACCACACGCUUACGCUACUAAUGGGCGAUAAGCUAUUCUUCGCCCCUAUCGGCGACGACCCGAAGAAGGUGCUCGACGUCGGAUGUGGAACAGGACUCUGGACAAUAGACUUCGCCGACGCCUUCCAAGAAUGCGAAGUAAUAGGAACCGACAUCUCGCCCACCCAACCCUACUGGGUACCCGUAAACCUUCGUUUCGAAAUCGACGACUGCACCACCGUCCCCUGGACCUACGCGCCGCAAACCUUCGACUUCAUCCACCUGCGGUACCUCUUCGGCGCCAUCCGAGACUGGGACUCCUUAUACGCCGAAGUCUACCGGGCCCUACGCCCAGGAGCCUGGGCGGAGUCCGUCGAACCAUCAACGUACGUACGCAGCGACGACGGCUCGAUCCUGGCGAACGACGGGUCCGCGUUAUCGGAAUGGGCGCCUUUAUUAAUGGAAGCGGCGCGGAAGUACGGCGCGCGGACGUACGAGGGACCGCGGCCGAUGCACAUGGUUGAGGACGGGACGAUCGUCAAGUCCUUCGAGCGCGCCGGGUUCACCGAUAUAGUGAUGCAGAGCUACAAGUGUCCGCUCACGCCCUUUUCGCAGGACCCGCAUUUGAGGGAGGUGGGCUUGUAUGCGAGGUCUGCCAUGGAGGAGGGUAUGGAGGGAUUCGUUCUGUACCUCUUCACCAACGGUCUAGGUUGGUCUCGCGAGCAAGUGACGCUAUACCUGCACCGCGUACGUCAGGAGCUACGCGAUACGCGAAAAUCGCCGUAUAUAGAAGUCCAGGUAGUGUAUGGGCGGAAGCCCGAGACGCCUAAUUAAUUGGUCCUAUAUGAAGAAGAUAAGCAUCGAAAUCGGUUAAGGAAGGGGGGAUUGAUGGACGAGUGACUAGGCAAAACGCACUCGGAAAUCGCCCCGAGGCUAUAUAUUCGGUAUCGGGUAUAUAUAUUGUCUGCGAACAUAAUAUCUAGCGUUUAGCAUUGCAUAGGGUUAGCUCACAGGGCUGACUGUGCGACGGAGUAGGAGACCAGCAUACCUCUAGUACCCAUAUCGUCUUAUACCAAUAUUAGAAAGGGGCAAUUCAUCCCCUCAUCCUC